GCUUACGUGUUCAUGUUCAGAACACGUCCCCCGACUGCAUUCUACGUGGCGCCCUUCUCCUGGCUGCCCUGGCCUCCCACAGCGAGAUGGGCGGCGGAUGGGUUCCCGGCCGCCGCGCUCCGGAUCCAAGACGACCGGCGCAUGCAGCCUGCGUCGGCCGGAUGACGGCUUGACCCUGUAUAAAUAGCCGCAGCCCGAUCUAGCUGCCCAAUUAUAGUACUCAUGUAUGUUCCAGUUGUAUAGUCAGUCAUCUUCUCACAGUACGGUACAGUCACUCCCGUAUAUUUUAGCCAGCUACCAUGCCGCCGAACACAGGGCCGCCACCCACUACCGGUAACUUAUCCUGGGACCAAGAAUUGGGCAGCUGGAUUCCUGGUUCCAAAGAGUUGUCCCUUCAACAACUGCCAUCCCCAGGUCAGGCCUUGAGUUUCUCACUGAAGGCCGCUGGCGUUGGCUUCUUGGUAUAUUGUUCGUGGAAGGGAUAUCAAUGGCGGGCUUAUCGGAAGAAGGUCCUUACAAUUCAAGACGGAACCAUUCUUAAGUGGAAGUUGAGUCGCAAUCCUGUGGUUGAAGUGCGGAGCGACGAUGGCCUUCUGGGCAAACUGUCCGGUGCAGGCCAGCGCAAUAUCACACUCUUUGAGGCACUGGAGACUUUGAGAUGGGCGCGCGAUGAUGGGCGCAUCAAAGGUCUGGAGAUGGAUUUUAGCACCGGGUCGAGACUUUUGCUGGCUAGUAAGGGCAUGGGUUUUGCACAGAUGCAAGAACUCCAUGAGGCCAUCAGAAGUUUUGGCGACGCAAAGAGGUGCGCUUUCGGUGACAACUGUCGACUGGUAGCGUUUACAGACACAUUUGAUUCUCAGGACCACUACUUCCUUUCGACGGCCUUUGACGAGGUCAAAAUGGAGCCCAACGGUGUCAUCCCCCUCUACGGCUUCGCGCCGAGGUCACCGUUUUUGGGAAACCUGUUGAAAAAGCUGGGGAUCGACAUGAUACCUCUCUCAAAAGGCAAAUGCAAAGGCGCCACGGAGCAUUUGACGGAGACCAAAUACCCACCGCAAAUCCUGGACAACCUGGCCUCCCUAUUUGCAUCGCUCACCGACCAGUUUCGCCGGCAAAUUGCGUCUAGCAGGGAUGUUGGCCUGAAGAAAUUCACCCGCCAAGGCAUGAACAAAUGGCGCGGGAUGUCCGCCGCCUCCAAGGAGCUAUCGCCAGCGUCCUCCGCUGCAGACGCGUCUUCGGACCAAAAAGUGAAAGCACUGAUGGAUGUCGCGCCGCUGACGACAGGAGAAGGUGUGGAAGCCGGCCUGAUUGACCGCAUCGCCUACAAGCGGGAGCAACUGCACAGGGGUCCCGACAGCGACGUGAAGGAGAUGCCGCUUACACGAUACAAGUUCCUGCGCGCUGCGGAGGUGAAGAGGGAGGUCAGGAAGAUGCCGAGCGACCAGAAAGUGAAUGUCGCGCUUGUUUACCUCUCGGGCGCCAUCAAAGAGGGCGAGGGGCAGUUUGGUCCUGACAAGGUGGCCAAAGCUAUUUUGGACGCUGCGGCGGAUAAGAGCAUCAGGGCGAUCGUGUUCCGCAUCGACACCGGCGGGGGCGGUAUGUGGGCCAGCGACACGAUCCGCGACGCCGUAGACCACGCACAGAAAACCUACAACAAGCCCAUCAUCGCAAGCUACGGGAACGCCGCGGCAUCGGGAGGCGUGUGGAUAAGCAUCAACUGCAAGAAGAUCCUCGCGUCCCCCGGCACCAUCACCGGCUCUAUCGGCAUCGCCUACGCGCGUCCCAUCUUCACACCCGAAUUUCUCGACCGGUUCGGCAUCACCGUCGAUGAGCGACUUGUCCUCACGGACGGAGCGAAAGGGUCGUCGGUGUUUACUCCGCCGACGGGACGCGCCCUGGAGCGGUGGAAGAGUCUGAUGGACGGGUACUACCAGACGUUUCUGCGAUUGGUGGCGGCGGGGCGGGGGAUGACGGUUGAGCAGGUGGCGAGCAUCGCGGAAGGGAAGGUGUAUACCGGCGAACAGGCGCUCAAACUCGGUCUGAUUGACGAGCUUGGCGGCCUCCAAUCCGCCCUCCGCGUCGCCGUCGCCCACUCCGGAGCCGCGCCCACGUCCCUCCCCAUCGUACAGAUCUUCCCGCGGCCACAAGGUCUGAUCCAGAAACUGGUGGAGAAUGGCACAGUGGACGACAUGCUGGGCAGUUUGUCGAUUGAUAUGCAGGCGAGUUUGGCGGCGGCCGCGGCGAGGGUUGCUGUGGGUGUGGGUGCGGAGGUUGUGGAGGAGAGGGUCGGGGUGGGUGCGGGGCCGGCCUUGCGGAUGCAGCAUUUGGAUUAGAAGCACUGUCUAAUCAAGGGGCUCGGGCGAUGAUAUCCAUUCUCGUACUAGCACUGUCGUUCACACCCAUGCCUAGCUCUGGUAGUUACUGUAGCCUCAUCGCGUAGAUCCACAUCCUCUCACCUCCACCCCCUUUCUCUGCGCCCCCCGGGCCGGUUCGCCACUUGUACAGGCAGGCGGAAGGGACCCAGGCCCCCUCAACCGCCGCAUCGAACCCGAAAGCGGCGUUUUGUAUCUUUUUUUUUUUCUUUGAACAUGGACCCACCGCAGAAGCUUUGCUUUCUAUUGAA